GUACUUAGAGCACAUAUAUUGCCACUGACUAAUGUAGCAUUUAACAAAUCUGGUUCCCGCUUUAUCACUGGAAGCUAUGACAGAACCUGCAAAGUAUGGGACACUGCAUCAGGAGAAGAGCUACGUACACUGGAGGGACAUGGAAAUGUUGUCUAUGCAAUAGCUUUCAAUAAUCCCUAUGGUGACAAGAUUGCCACUGGAUCUUUUGAUAAAACCUGCAAACUGUGGAGUACAGAAACAGGAAAAUGUUACUAUACUUUCAGAGGACACAGUGCAGAAAUAGUAUGUUUAUCAUUUAAUCUUCAGAGCACAUUGGUGGCAACUGGAAGCAUGGAUACCACUGCCAAAUUAUGGGAUAUAGAGAAAGGAGAUGAAAUAGUCACUUUAAGUGGACACUCAGCAGAAAUUAUUGCGUUGUCUUUUAACACCACUGGAGAUAGGAUUAUCACUGCCUCCUUUGACCAUACAGUAGGAGUGUGGGAUGUUGGCACUGGCAG